ACUUACAAAGAAAAAAAAAAGAACUACAAAAAAAACCAACUCACGAAGAUUGUCGGCUGAGAACUUAAAGUGUUACCACAACGAUUAGGUUCAUCUAGUUUAGACUCUACCCCCAAAAAUGGUAUUCCGGUCGGAUCCUUGCGGAAUUACUUGCUUGAUUAUAACUUAUUCCGCAGUUGUAUACGCUGAUUAUGUUGUUGUCAGACAUCUCAUACUUCCAGCGAUGUCAGACACAUUAUGGGGAGCUUUCAAUGUGCUUGUAUUCAAUGUGAUAGUUUUCCUCAUGGCAGCUGCACACAUACGAGCAGUGAUUUCAGACCCCGGCAUUGUACCACUUCCCCAAACCAGCCUAGAUUUCUCAGAUAUGCAUAGUGGAAAACAAAAAAUGAAUGAUGGAUGGUCAGUGUGUACAAAGUGUGAAACAUAUCGACCACCACGUGCACAUCACUGCAGAAUAUGCGAACGAUGUAUCAGAAGAAUGGAUCAUCACUGCCCAUGGAUAAACAACUGUGUUGGAGAGUAUAAUCAGAAAUAUUUUAUGCAGUUCCUCUUUUAUGUAGGGCUGGCUGCUGUACAUGCAUCAUCCAUGGUAAUUGUGUCUUGGAUCCUAGACCCAGCAGAGAAAGGAGAAUUUAAACAUAUGAAAGUGAUACAUUCUAUUAUUCUGGUGAUAGAGUGUCUACUGUUUGGAUUAUUUGUGAUAGCUAUUGGUUGUGACCAGUUGUCUGCAAUAUUUAAUGAUGAGACUGGUGUAGAAUAUGUUAAAAAAGAAGGCUUACACAGAAGUCACUCUAAAAUGUUUUUGUUGAGGGAAAUUUUUGGACAUGGUCAUCCGUGUUGGUGGCUUUGUCCCUUGAUGGAUGUUUCAGAUAAAAAAGCUCUGGCAACAGCCCAUACUGUGUAGUGGCUAGUGUGAAUCUCUACAUAUACAGUUUAUAAUGUGAUAUCUUACUCAAGCAGUGUGCAUUGUUUUGUGCUCAGUUGUCUGUGAAUGUAAAAACCAGUUUUGAUCUUGCUGCCCCAGAAAUUUGCUUUGAAUUAUUCUAUAAUUUAAAUCGACAAGUCCAUUGCACAUGAACAGGGCAAGACAGGAUUCAACAACUGGUAUUGUGGUGUAAAUAUUUCAAUUAUGGUUUUUAAAUUAUUAGAUUUAUAUUUUAUCCCAGGUUUUACUGCAGGUAAUUAUCUCUCUCUGUAAAACUGGCAGGCAGUUUUAAAUUUGUUAACUUUUUAAUUAUCUAAAAACAGUCAGCCUAAAUGAUGAUUUUUUUUGUACAGCAGGACAAUAAACUGUAUUAUUAUGCAUUUAAAAAGAUAAAUUUAAACGAUAGUUGAUCAUUUAAUACUUCUGUACUUUUUUGACAUAGCAUUGUGACUUGCCUUUUUUCUCAUAAAAGUCAUCUGUCAUGCAGAUCAGCUUAACAAAUGCCUAGAUGCUUAAGUUGUGUAUAAAUAAGAUAACUUCAUUGAUAGAUGUGAUCUCAUUGCUUAUCAGUACACUUUACAAGAUUCUGCUCUAUAUUGUAAUGGGAGUUUCAGAUCUGCUUUCAGUUUAUAAAUCUUUGAUUUUACGCUAGACCUGCCUUGGGAGGUAAUUUUAAAUGUCUAAAAUGCCUGUACCUGUGGGAGGUAAUUUUGUAUGUCUUAAAUGCCUGUACCUAUGGGAGAUAAUUUUAUAUGUCUUAAAUGCCUGCAGCUGUUGGAGGUAAUUUUAUAUGUCUUAAAAGCCUGUAGAUGGGAGAUAAUUUGAACUUAAAAAUUCAUUGUAUUUUGUGUAAGUGCCAUGUAAUCUGUUGUAUGUGUUUUCAUUAUUAUAUUUCUUUACAGUGUAAGUGUUCUGAGUCUUUCAUUUAUGUUGAAGUAACCUUUUCAUUGAAAUAUCUGUCAUAAUUGACAAAUUAGAGUGAAAAGAAGUGUAACUUUAUCAUUGAAAUAUCUGUUAAAGUUGAGCAGCAUUAACAAAUUAGAGUGAAAAUAAAGAGUGAAACUUUAUCAUUGAAAAAUAUCUGUUAAAGUUGAGCAGCAUUUACAGAUUAGAGUGAAAACAAAAGAGUGUAUCUUUAUCAUUGAAAUAUCUGUUGAAGUUAAGUGGUGUUGGCAGAUCAGAGUGAAAAUAAAAAGUCUUGUAAACAUUUUAUAUUGUCGGGAAUUAUCAAUGUUUCAAUGUAAAAUAUCUACCUUAAGAUAGCCUGCCGCCGGUUUAGCGCAGUAGAGAGAGUGAGUUCAAUCCCCGGGCAAGGCGUAUGUUCUCCGUGACAAUCUGAUAAAAAACUUUGAGUCUGAAAUCAUUCGUCCUCCACCUCUGAUUCAUGUGGGGAAGUUUACAGUUACUUGCGAAGUACAGGUUUGUACUGGAACAGAAUCCAGGAACACUGGUUAAGUUAACUGCCCGCUGUUACAUAACUAUGAUACUGUUGAAAAACUGUUAAACCCAAAACAAACAAACUAACUGCCUUACGAUGGUUUUUACAAAACUUGUCUUAAAGUUUAUACAUAUAUUGGAAUCAUACAUGUAUUUUGCUUUUGUGUUUAUAACAAGUAUUGUUUCUUUUUGUAUAUAACAGUCAUUUUCACAAAGCAGAAAUAGUCCCAGUAGAGAGAAUGUAUGCACAUUUCAUGUUAAUGCAGCCAUAAUGACCAGAAAAAUAUCUGAAUUCUAACGAUUUUCAUGAUUGUAAGUAAGAAUGGUGAGUGUGAAGCUGUAUAUUGCAAUAUCAUUAUUAUUAAUAUUAUUGUAUUUGUUGUUGUUAUGUUACACAUUUAUAGCACUUUUUCAUGUAAACAAGUUUAAAAGUGCCUAGGGUGGAAUGAUGGAGGCUUUUACAGUAAGAAUUAACGCAUUGUUUAAAGCAGAAAUUUGGUUGAACUGAUCAGUGAGGAAUAUUUUAUACAGCAUAACUCAUAGGAGUCAUAUUUAUGCUUAGUUUGGAGGUAUUAGUCAUGUCAGUAAGCUUUUUUUUUUUUUUUAUCUGAAUGUUCUGAUAUUGUAUUUUUUUAAAAUAGUGUAAAACUGUUCUAACUCAUUAACAUCAGAUAAGGACAAUAAGUCAGAACUUCAAAAUGGUCAAAAUCCUGGGUUCAUCAUGUCUAGUGCUACUCCAGUGUAAAGCCUUGAAAUUUUGUUGUCUGCACAUCAAUUACAAAAUAAAUCUUCAGUCUUAUGACAUUUUCACAGUACUUUAAAGUUAUUAGCUUUGUAUUGAUAAAAAUUUGCACAAGUUUUGGAGGGAAAUAUUGCAUGACUUCAUGAACGUAAAAUUAUUUUACGAAAGAAUGCGUAUUUCUAAAUGCAAUUCUUAUAAUGAUUUUAAUGCAUAGGCCUCUACACUUUAAAUUAAAAUAUAAAACUUGGAAAAGAUUGUCUUAAAUGAACAUUUUAGUGUGCCAACACUUGUGAAACUGACAUUACAAAAUUUUAAUGACAUCACACACCAGAUAUGAAAUAUUAAUAUUGGUAUGGAAAACUAGUUUUUUGGUUCAGUUGUUAUUUAACAAAAUUUAAAAAGUACGUAAUAGAUCAAGAUAUAUUAGGAUUAUAGUUAAAAAGUUGUGAAUAAUUUCAGCGUGUUCGGGAUCAGUUGGGGUAGUGAUAUGCCAAACUUAUGUGGUCCAACUUAAGACAUCAACUUUUUACCUGUAUUUUAAAGACAAUGAAUGUGUUUGACUUUAAUGUUAGAAUGACUGUUUGAGAUAUCCAUUAAAUAUCAAUGUAUUGGUAUAAAAGAUAGGUAUGUCAGGGUUUACAUGUAGAAAAGAAGUCACUGUGCAUGUUACUAUUUGUCAUUUGUUCUUUGUAGUAAUCGUGUAUAAAUUUGCAUUGUAUUAUGGACCAAAAUAUUACUCUUGAAAUUUGUGAGAUGUGAUAAGUUUUGAAUAGCUUACAAGUUUGCACAUGUACAGACCAAAAUUAUUGGAAAUGAAUGUAGUAGACUGUUGAAAGAAGUAUUGAGUAAAUUUCUUAUAGAAUAAGGAUCAAUUGAAAUAUCGUGCCAGCUAGAUGCAUAAUCUGUACCCGGUAAUAUCAAAGUACAUGUACUUGUAACUGAACAAAGUGUAAUGCAUAAUGAGUUUAACAGGGCCUCGUCUGGGCCUCAGAAAGUUGUAGCCACUUUUUGAGAGAAAUUGCCAAAUUGAAGCUAUAUUGCUGAAAUUUGGCCACAUUUUAAUAAAAUUCUUGUAGCCACUUUCAAAAUAUCUGUCGCCAGUUCUUUGAAUUUAUAGCAUUUGGCUACAUUGGCAAAUGGCAGAGGAGGCCCUGGUUAAAUUUCAAAACAUACUGUUUUAUCCUCCAUUUUCUUUAGUUUCUUUUUAAAUAUAAGAUGAUAUUAUUCAUUUUAUACAUCAUUUUGAAGAACUCCAAUGAUGGUAAUGGAAUGUUUUUAAAUUUUCAAAAUACCUUGAUAAGUUUGAAUUUAUCUUACAGAUUUUAUUUUGAUGGGCAAUUUUCUAUUUUUUUCAGUCAUUUAGGGCAAAGAGAUUUAAAAUUCCAAUAUUGAUGUUAUUUGCUGAUUGUUAUAAAACUUUCAGGAUAUCUAAAGCAGCAAUAAGAACAUUUCCAUGUAAACAUUUUGUUGUAAAAUCUCAGAAUUUUUUCUUCAUCAGAACUAUUCCUAAGCCAGAAAUAAUUUUUUUGCAGUAAAAUUGACAUGAUCAGUUCGAAAUAUCCAAAUACAACACCUUUAGAACUUCAAAAUGGUGUAGAACUUUUAUCUUAAUCUUGUGUUUUAAAGCCCAAAUUAACAAAAAAUGUUUGUACAUUUCGUAUGUCAUUCUGGUUAACUGGUCUAAGAAUUAACCACACAUUUACUUUUAAGCAGCAUUUUGUUUUAAGCAGUGUUAUUUGAUGUAAGACACUCUUUAUUUCUGUUUAAGUGUUUUAUAUUUUUACAUGAAAUAAAAAUGUAAAAACUGA